AUGGCUAAUGAUGGAAAUGGAACCGGAUCAUCGGUCAGUGGUACUAAUCCAAUGGAGCAAAUCAUAGAAAGAACAGUAACUAGUUUUCUGCGAGCCCUACAAACCAACGUUAACAGCGGAUUGCUUGAACGACGAGAAGAGCCAACUACUAUAAAACAGUUCCAAGACUUGAAACCUACCAUAUUUACCGGCAGCACAAACCCACUGGUGGUAGAAGCUUGGGUCAGAGAUAUGGAGAAAAUUUUCUGCGCGCUACCUUGCACAGAAAGACAUAAGGUGACUUUCGCCACCUUCACCUUCAAAGACGAUGCACAAGAAUGGUGGCUACUUACCCUGGAGAAAGAAGAUGUUGUGACUUGGGCCAGAUUCUUGGAAGUAUUUUAUGAAAAAUACUUCCCAGACUCGUUGCGGGAACAAAAGGUGUUGGAAUUCAUACAUCUAAGGCAAGGAACCAUGAUGGUGGCUGAAUACGAGGGCAAGUUUACGCAGCUGGCCCGGUUCGCGACAUACGUCAUCCCCACCGAAGCUCGAAAAGCCAGAAAAUUUGAAACAGGAUUUGAUCCUGAAAUUAAGGACAAGCUAGAGGUUUUGAAACUACCAACCUAUGCGGCGGUGGUAGAUCGAGCUUACAUUGCAGAAAAAGAGAUAAAAAUCUUGUGCUCCGGGGAACCAAGCUAG